AUGUUUUCGUCUUUCUUUGGCAAGAUAUACAAUAGUCUCUCAGUAAUCUUUGCACCAACACUGAUCAGCAACAAAGAUCCACCGGAUACAACAACAAAUUUGCCUGAUGAUGUUUUGGAAGGACACUUUGUGGUUAUUGCAAACAAGGGUGAAGAAACCAAAAGGUUUAUUGUAGAGUUGCACUAUUUGACUCACCCUGCAUUUUUGGUACUGCUAGAGCGGGCAAAAGAAGAAUAUGGUUUCAGACAGAAGGGGGUUUUGCUAAUUCCCUGCCACCCUCAAGAACUAGAGAAGAUUCUAGAAGAACCAAGAGAUGUGAGAGAUGGAAGCAAAUUAACAGAUUCAAGUUAG